AACAACAACAACAACAACACCUUCCACAACAAUAACAACUAGUUCACACCGCCCAACUGUUUCGUUUAUUCAACCUCCUAUUGUACAUGAAGACACCUCAUCAUUACUUUCUAAACAUGACAUUUAUAUUCCACCAAUAAAUACUGACCAGACAAAAACAACAAUUGAACCAAAAACGAAUUCAAUUGAUCCAAAUAUUCUUGCAGCUAUAUUAGGUGGUAUAGCAAUAGCUAUUUUCUCUGUAAAUAUUAUCGUUUGUUAUAUAUGUAAAAGACGUACACAAAAACCAUCAAAAUGUAAAACUCCAAAUGAAUCUCAAUCAUCAUUUACUCACGAAGAAUUACAACGUAGUCUAAUGCAACAUCUAUAUCAUGAACAAACUAAUACGAUAUCAUCAACAUCGACAUCAUCAUCAUCAUCUAAAAAUUCACAAUCGAAAUCGAAUGAUACUUCUACAACAACAGCGAAUGUUAAUCUUUUACAAUUAUGUUCUCCACCGCAUUCUUCAAAUAUUUCUCAGCCAUAUAUGACUCGUUCAAAUGCUGCUGCUACAGCAUUAUGUUUUCGUAAUCCACAUGUUGGUAUACAUAAUAAUGGUGAUCCAGUUGAUUAUCAUGUUUAUGAAACUAUACCACCAGACAAUACUAAUUAUAUGCUUUGUACUGCACAUAGUGCCUUUAAACCUGUUCUUCAAGCGAAUUCUCAUUCGAUUCGACCAUUUCUUCCACGAACAAAUAUUCUUUAUCAUCCUCCAAAUUCCUCGAAACAGUCUUAUGAUAUAUCAUCAUCAUCAACUGCAACGAAUUCUGCUGUUUUGAUGCCUGUUUUUUGUCAUCAUCAUCAUUUAUCACAGUGUUCAACAGGAACAUUAAAACAACAUAUAUCACCACAUAUUAUUCCACCACCACCGAUUACUACACAAGAACAGAUCUAUGCAGGUUCAGAGAGUAUCGUAUGA